AUGGGAUACGGAGUUGGACAAAACAAAACGGCUAUAUGCCUCAUCUUAAACGACUGUACUAACCAUCCUAAUGUAUUAUUGAAAAAUAUCUAGCUUCAAUUUUUACCUCCUAAUACAACGUUACUAAUUCAGCCUUUAUAUAUGGGUGUUAUCCAAAAUUUAAAGGCUAAGUAUAGAGCAACACUGGUUACUUAUAUUUUAGAAAAGAUUGAAGACAAUUUACUUUAACCAAAAUUAACGGCAAUAGAUAUCAGUAAUAAAAAUGAAUAUUCUGCAAGCAAUUCAUUUCAGAAAGCUGAUGUAAUGUAAGCAGUUAGACGAUAAAAAAUUGUUUUCGCAAGUGUAGUUUCUUGGAGAAAGUCAUAUCAUCGAUCAACAAUUAGAACCGAAUUUCGAACAAUAUGAUAUCGUAAGAGUAUUGAACAACGUAGAAUUUGAAGAUCUGGAUUCAAGUGUGUAAUACUAAACCAAAACGUAAAAGUUGAUGAUGAUGCGAUCAUUGAAUACAUACAAAAAACAUAAUACGAUAAACAUAAUUCAGAUGAAGACACAGACGAGGAACUAGAUCCACCAAUUCGACUACGGGAAGCAGAGAAAUCUUUAGAAACAUUGAGAUUAUUUUAUCUUCAACAAGAAAAUGAGGGAAGCCCCAUAAGUGUUUUGGAUGCUUGUUCGGACUACAUUCGUCAAUAA